AUGGCCAAUGGGAGUGAUAGGGAGAGGUCAUCUAAGUUCAAAGGGAGCUCAUCCCUCACCAACGGUCAGGUCAGCCUGCCGGCCCCUCUUCUGCUUCCCUCUGGGGACACACACCUUCGCCACACUGGGAAGUCACUCACCCUCACCUGCAGAGGUGCCGCCCAACUGCACUGGAGGCUGCCCUGGCGGGACGUCACCUCGGAGGGGGUGCGCGUGGAGGAGUGUGAGCCUCGGGUGCACGCCCACUGCAGUAAGUUGCUGGUGAGCCACCUGAGCCCCAACGACACGGGCCUCUACAGCUGCAGGUACACCCAGCCCUCCGCCGACUUCAGCUCCACCUACAUCUACGUCAAAGAUCACCAGCAUCCGUUUGUGGAGCACCAUUUCCCCAUUCCAGACACCUUGUUUACAUACAGACAUGAGGCCACCCUAGUGAUUCCCUGUAGAACAACUUCUCCUGACCAGAUUGUCACUCUUGAAGGGCUGCCACCCUUAUCAGAGGAGAUAGAACAAUGGAAGGAAUGGGACCCCAAAAUAGGCUUUGUGAUCCCAUAUGGUCCCUACGAAUCCUUUCGUCUCCUGACCUGUGUCACCAGCGUCAAUGGCCAACAGGUCCAGUCGCAGUACAUCCCUCUGAGGCAAACUAACUUCCUGAGGAACGUAAAGAUCAACCCUGAACGUAUCAAGCUGUUAGUGGGAGAUACUCUGGUCCUCAACUGCUCUGCAGAGACCACCUUCAACGGAAGGAUCAACUUCCAAUGGGAAUACCCAAAGAGGAUGGUCAAUCGGAACCCCACCGUCAAUAAGAUCAGAGAGAAUCCGGCUUUGAUCACCAGGAUGUACAAAGCCAUCACCUUGUCCAACAUCACCAUGGACGACAGGGGCAUGUACAGGUGCACGGCGGAGAUAGGGAACGCUGAGAUGGGAAAAAAGGAACAAGCCUCAGCCAAGGUCACCAUCUACGAACAUCCAUACCUGAAUGUGUCCUAUAAGAAUGAAUGGGCCAGGAGAGUAGUCUACACAGAGGGUAGAAACAAGCUGAUGUUUGAACCCAAGGUCAAUGCACUGCCACCAACCGACACCAUCACAUGGUAUAAGGAUGGCGUCCCCAUCAACGAGAACUCCACUUGUUACGAGUCUUCAGGCUACAACCUACUCAUCAAGGACGUGAAGCAGAAGGAUGCCGGGGUCUUCACCAUCGCCCUGGGCAACAAGGAGAGAGGCCUCUACAGGAAUCUCAGCUACACUCUGGUAGUCCGAGUGAGGCCUAUGAUCUCAGAAGAGGAGGUGGCCUCGGUGGACGUCCAACCAUACAUGUUCGGCAAGCAGCACCAGCUAACCUGCACCGCCUUUGGAGUGCCCAUGCCCGACAUCACGUGGCUCUGGCAACCAUGCCAUCCUGACCCAACCGACAAAGAGUGCACCCUUUACACUGAGCCAAUCCCAGUUCAAACGGAUGAUAAAGGGAACUACUCACACAACUGGAUUGAGAGCAUAAACAACCAAACUGAACUGGUGAAAGGAAAGAACAAGACUGUGAGUACGCUAGUGGUGGGAGCGGCUAACGUCACAGGGAUCUACUCCUGCGCAGCCCAGAACAAACUUGGCACCCGUACACUGAGAACCCCCUUCUAUGUGGACGAUCACCCUCAGCACCUGGCCAUUGAGCCCCAGACUGCCAUCGAGGGUGACAACGUCACUCUGACCUGCAGGGGGACUCGGUACCUGUACACAGACCUGCAGUGGAAGGACCCUCAGAACUCCACCAUCACUAACAACAUCACGGCCCUGCAGUUCAGCCCAUACUCUAUCUCUCUCUCCCUAAGCCUGCACAAUGUGUCCAGGAAUCACACAGCAGGCUACCAGUGCUGGGCACACAAGAUCCACAACAAGAGAGUUAUAGUCAAGACUGUGCUGACUGUGCAUGAGAGGAAGAGGCCGUGGCUGAGACAGAACCUGACCAAUCAAGAUAUAAACAGCAGCAGCACUCUGACUAUGGCCUGCUACGCCCUGGGUGUGCCCCCACCCUACAUCACCUGGUACAAAGACAACCUACCAGUACAGGAGGGUCCAGGUAUUACCCUGAGGGAGGAUGGGGUGCUGACGAUCAAGAGAGUGAAGAAAGACGAUGAGGGCGUGUACGAGUGUCUGGCCAGCAACGGUGAGGGGAGUGUGAAAGCCAGUGCUGUGGUCACUGUCAUGGGUGAUGAGGGGAAGCCCAACAUUGAGGUGAUCGUCCUGGUGUGUACAGGAGCUGCUGCCACCUUCCUCUGGCUCAUGCUCAUCCUCUUCAUCCGCAAGCUGAGGAAGUCUGUGGACUAUAAGAUGGGUCCAUCCAUCAUCAUCGACCCAGACGAGUUUCCUCUGGAUGAGCAGUGUGAACUCCUGCAGUAUGACAGCAGCAAGUGGGAGUUUCCCCGAGACCGCCUCAGACUGGGCAAAACUCUGGGCCAUGGAGCCUUCGGGAAAGUGGUGGAGGCUUCUGCUUUUGGGAUCGACAAGCUCUCGACCUGCAAGACUGUGGCUGUCAAAAUGCUGAAAGGAGGAGCUACGUCAAAUGAGCGCAAGGCUCUGAUGUCCGAGCUGAAGAUCCUGAUCCACAUUGGUCAUCAUCUGAACGUGGUCAACCUGCUGGGAGCCUGCACCAAGCCUGGAGGUCCGUUGAUGAUGAUAGUGGAGUACUGCAAAUAUGGAAACUUGUCAAACUACUUGAGAAGCAAGAGGGCUGAUUUCAUCGUCUAUAAGAGCCAGGACGGUAAGCUGGUGACGUCGGGGUCGGGCUGUGACCUCAGCGAGCUCAUCAAGCGGCGCCUGGAGAGCGUGGCAAGCACCGGAAGCUCGGCCAGCUCCGGCUUUGUGGAAGAUAAGAGCUACUGCGACUCAGAGGAAGAGGAGGAAGAGCCAGAGGAUCUGUACAAGAGAGUAUUGACAAUGGAAGAUUUGAUUUGCUACAGUUUCCAAGUUGCAAAAGGCAUGGAGUUCCUGGCUUCACGCAAGUGUAUUCAUCGUGACCUGGCUGCAAGAAACAUCUUACUGUCGGAGAAUAAUGUUGUGAAGAUUUGCGAUUUUGGACUGGCCAGAGACAUCUACAAAGACCCAGACUACAUUCGCAAAGGAGAUUCCAGACUGCCCCUCAAGUGGAUGGCGCCAGAGGCCAUUUUUGACAAGAUCUACACCACUCAGAGCGAUGUGUGGUCCUUUGGAGUCCUAAUGUGGGAGAUUUUCUCUCUGGGUGCCUCUCCAUAUCCUGGCUUACACAUCGACGAGGAGUUCUGCUGCCGACUGAAGGAAGGGACCAGGAUGAGAGCUCCGGAAUACUCCUCCUCUGAGAUAUACCAGACCAUGUUGGACUGCUGGCAGGGCGAGUCAGGAGACCGACCAACCUUCACUGAGCUGGUGGAGAGACUAGGAGACCUACUACAGGCCAGUGUACAGCAGGAGGGCAAGCAUUACAUCCCUAUAGCAGCCCUGCUGUCCAAGGAGGGAGACCCCUCCAACACGGCCCGGUCAGAGGAGACCAACACCAGGCCGCUCUCUCACCGCGACUCAGGGAGCACCUGGAACAUCCGGCCUGGAAGUGUGAAGACCUUUGACGAGGUUACCAUGGAGAACAGUUCUAACGACAACCAUGAGGGGGGACAGUCGGACAGUGGGAUGGGCCUGUCGUCUGACGAUGGGAACACGCUGAAGCGCCUGGAGUCUUUUGCCUGACCUCUCUGCAUCAUGGCCCUGGCGAUGGAGAGAUAGGGGAAACAGAAAGAGUCGGUGCUGACUGAGGAAAAGAAGGACAAGUACCCUCAGCCUGUCCCCUCUCUGGACUUCAUCCUGAACAACUCUUCCCUGGAGCCCGGUCUGGAGUGCCACAGCCCGCAGCCCUCCACCCCACCUGUGUAGCCCUACCCCACCCCAUCGCCGUGGGAGACUAAACCCCCCCCCCCUCCCCACCGCCCCGCCACUGGUGGAGAGUCUUACUGAAAGCCUCAAGGCCUCUCCUUUGUUCUCCUCUGUUCUAGCUCGCUCUGGACUUCACAGCGCACCGUAAAACGCCUGCUGCUGCCUCUCUCCUUUUAACUUCUUCCAUUUCUCCUCCUCCCCGAGGCUUGAGCUAGAGACAAGUUUGAGACGCUUUGUUACAACGUGAGAUCUGUUACUUUAGGACUGUGACACCUUUCUGUGUAUCUGCACUUAGCCUGCCUGCUUCCCAUCAGCCCACUCUGCUAGAAGGAGGAAGAAGAGUCUGCCUUCACAGCCUGUCCCAGGGGUUCAUCUAUUUGCUGCUGGUCUUCUCCAUACCCCACUGUGAUAGCCACACCACAGGAGGUUGGUGGCACCUUAAUUGGGGAGGAUGAGCUCGUGGUAAUGCCUGGAGCAGAAUAGGUGGAAUGGUAUCAAGUACAUCAAACACAU